UUAACAAUCAUUCUUAUCAUCAGAAUAGGAGGUAUAAUCGCAUAUCUUUUCUCUCUUUCUGCUGGUUCUCUGAAAAGAUCUAAUUUGGCUGCACACAGCAGGCAAGGCAAGAUGAUGAGAUGCUUCGGAGGCAACAAGGAUGAGAUUGAGAGUGAAAAAGCAGUAAUGAGAAAUGGAGGAAUGUUAUUAGAAAAGGCGAUUGCCAUUAAUAAUGGCAGAGGUAAUCCUAUCCGUUCCUUUUCUAUCCAAGAGCUUAACAAUGCAACAAAUAGCUAUGAUCCAAAUCAAAUGUUUUUUGAAGAAGAAAUGUACAAAAUGUAUAAGGGUUUUAUACAAGAUCGCCCAGUAAUCGUGAAAAAGUAUGAAAAUGAUGAAAAUUUCUUGGAGAACUCUAUCAGUGAUAUAGUGUUUGCAUCACAAAUGAGUGUACAUAAAAAUGUUCUCAAACUGUUAGGUUGCUGCUUAGAGUCCCCAAUUCCUAUUCUAGUUUUUGAACAUGCAGAGAUGGGAAUUCUUGAUCAUUACAUUUUUAAAGAUGAACAAAGAGCCGAUUUGCGACCUUUAUCAUGGAAGAAUAGGUUGAAGAUUGCAGUUGAUGUAGCUAAUGUGAUUGCUUAUCUUCACACUGCAUUCCCAAGGCCUAUUGUUCAUAGAGAUAUCAAAUCCAGAAAAAUCCUGCUGGAUGAAGACUACAGGGCCAAAUUGAGUGAUUUUUCGUUAUCCAUAUCAAUUCCAGAAGGUAAAACCCACAUAGUGACUGAAAAUUUGACGGGGACAUUUGGAUAUCUAGAUCCUGAAUAUCUUUCAGAAGGUAAGUUUAAUGAGAAGGCUGAUGUCUUUGGUUUUGGUGUACUUCUGCUAGUGCUUUUGACUGGAAAAGGUCCGUACAAUCGAUUGGAUUAUGACCACCUAAAUUUGCGUUUGGUGGAGUUUUUCGAGAAAUGUAUGGAAGAAAAUGAAAGGUUAGACAAGCUUAUGGACCCUAUAAUUAUUGAAGAGGGGACAUGGUCUGGGAAAGAGCAGCAACUCAAAGCUUAUGCAAGGCUUGCCCUUCAGUGCAUUUGCAAAAGAAGUGAAAAUAGGCCAGAAAUCACUGAUGUUGGCAAACAACUUAGACAGAUUUAUCAAUCCCUAAUUUCUUCUUGUUGAUCAUCAA